UUACGACAGCAUACAACCCAAAUUUUCAAGAUGCCCAGAACGCCAACUCUAGAACACGUUUAUUUUACAGGAGAUCGGAAGGAAUUCGACCGAUUUAUCUAUCACAUCAAGGAUGCUCUUAGUGAGGGUUUUGACGUCAAUUAUGGCAAUGGUUCAGAGAAAAUGCAAAUCAACUGGAUCGCUCGUCAUUUCAGAUACCCUAACGGCCAAAACUCUAUGGAAGAAGGUCCGCUCUCGUACAACUGGUGGAUCGGCCUGUUGGAAAAGAACGCCCGAGUGCAGAACCUGCCCAUCAGCCAUGCGGUCUCACCAGCGGAUAAUUACAAAAUACCCGAGUUAGCAACCAAGAAGGCAUUCCUAGAGCAUCUACACGAAGCCUUUGGAUCUCCAGAUGCACGCGAGGUGACGAGAAAAGCUUUGUACGCCUGUAAACAAGGUGACCAGGAUAUCCAGCAGUUCAACCUAGUCUUCAACACGUUAGUCUAUGCCGUCGAUCUGACCGAAAACGAAAGGUGUGAUGUCUACGAGGAACGUCUCGAUGUCGACUUACUGACAACUGCCAUCAAGCAUACCGGGUGGCGAAACGCGAAAACGUUGCAUGACAAGCAAGCCCUGGCAAGAUCUGCUGCUUUCAUUCUACACAAGCUAGCUCAACUCGAUCUCGAAAAGCAAAAUGCUGACAACCGAGACAAUCAACAACCAAACAUUCUCCAGCAUGCAAAUCGACAACCGCUGCCUGAGUAAUCUUUGAAUUAUCACUACCAAUUAUAGCACCGUUUUUAGCGCUUGGAGUCCACUAAUUCUCAAAAUAGGCUUAUCCGACUCACAUCCACCGUCCACCGAUUGGUGAAAUCUUUAAUCGAUUGCUGCUUGGCCCGGACAUUUCAUCCCCACAUUAGAUACCACAUUCAUGUUAUUUGCUUCAGACGUCUGAUUCUCAUAUUCUAGGUCGAGCCACAUGAAAUGUCUCGCCCGAAGUCACACAACGCGUCCUGUUAAUGCUAUUCUUCUGGUGCUAUUAUUUGUCAUGAUUUAUGUUUUAUGAGUGAGAUUGUGUCUCCUUUGUUUCCUUCACUAAGCUGCCAAUUACCACAAAUAUGAUCCUUUUAGGCAUCGCCUAUCUCAACUUCUUCAAAAAUUAUCUUAGUUGUCAACCCUCUCUUUACAAUUAUAAAUCACAAGAAAGAAAGCUAAAAACAAUGAGAAACUCGAUCUCAAAGCAA